AGAUCUGUGAAGACGAAGACUGAAGAGGUUAAGGAGUGAGUGAAGGCAGGACGAAAGAUGGCUGCAAGACAAUUCAUCAUUAGAUCAUUUUUCUCCAAACUUAUAAACAGAACUUGUUCAAGAAAACCAACCGGAGUACAAACAGAUUUUUUCAAAAAUAAUCUGCCAUUGUCUGUAAUGUGUUUAUGUGGAGGAUCAGCCACAAUUAUAGCAGUUUGUAAGUUAAGAUCUAUUCAAAAUGUUUAUGCUGCACAACCCAAGACUGAUGAAGAUGUGAAGGUGGUAAAGUUGACAUCUAGGGAAAAAAGAUUCAUUCGCUUUGCAUCUGUUGAAUAUGAUGGACAACUCUACAUGACCCCUCAAGACUUUUUAGAGUCUGUUGUGGAAGCCGAACCACGCCCUAGAAUGAAGAGAAAAUUAUUGACCAUGAAGGAACUGGAGAAAAUCAAAGAAGCAACACCAUCACUGAGCCAAGGCUCGCCAAGAUUGUUCAGAAGUUUGAGAGACAAGGGUAUAAUUUCCUACACGGAAUAUUUGUUUCUUCUAUCAAUACUUACAAAGCCUCAGUCUGGUUUCAGGAUUGCAUUCAAUAUGUUUGAUACAGACGGCAACCAACGAGUGGACAAGAACGAAUUUCUUGUGGUAUGUAUUUGCACACUUUCUUGUUAUUUACCCCUUCUCAGUAAUAUCCCUUGUAUCAUACCUGAACAGAUACGGAAACUAUUGGCAGGCAAAAAAAUUGAAGAUGAAGUUGCUAUGGAGAAAAUAUUCAGUCAUGCUUGGAAAGGUAAACGAGGCAUGGCCAAUGAAGAAACUGAACAAGUGACGACAAUUCAAGAACAAUACGUUGAUGAUGAACAGGGCUUACAGAGGAAACACGUGGUUGAUACGACACUGAUUGUUCACUUCUUCGGUCUGAGAGGAAAUCACGAUUUGAACUUUGAGAGUUUCAAAAAGUUUAUGCUCCACUUACAAACUGAAGUUCUGGAAUUGGAAUUCAAUGAGUUUUCCAAAGGCCUUGCCACUAUUUCUGAGGUUGAUUUUGCCAAGAUACUAUUGCGAUACACAUAUUUAGAUACGGAUGAAUAUGACAUGUACCUGGAUAGGUUAUUAGAUAGAAUGAAGGAUACUAAAGGUAUCACUUUCGAAGAGUUUCACGUGUUCUGCCAAUUCCUCAAUAAUUUGGAAGAUUUCACUAUUGCCAUGAGAAUGUACACCCUCGCGGAUCAUCCAAUAUCGAAAGAUGAAUUCCAUAGAGCGGUUAAGAUAUGUACGGGUACCAAUCUGAGUCGACAUCUAGUUCAUACAGUAUUCGCCAUAUUUGACGAUGACGGAGAUGGUUUAUUGAGCUAUCGAGAAUUUAUAGCCAUAAUGAAGGACCGUUUACAUAGAGGAUUUAAGUCGUACGCCAAAAACGAAGGUUGGGAAGCGUUUAAAUCUUGUAUCAAGCAGGAGAUGAAAACACCUGCUUAAAAUUUUCGAUUCUCGAAUCUAUGUGAUCUAUCUUGUUUUAAUGUUUUUUCAUUGUGCUGGUUGAAGUUUCCUGAUUGAAUUCACGUUCGCGACUACAGUCGGAUAUGCCAGACUGUCUGUGAACAAUUUUUCGUUCAUGGUUUUGUUUAUAUUUGCUACACUUCCUAGGUGUUCUUCAAGUUUAGAUAUCAAAACGACACAUGUCAUUAUCUUGAAGAAUAUUAUAAAAAUAUUACAAAAUAUUUAAAAUGUAAUUUCAUUCUCAAUCAGGAAACGUCUUGGUACCAAAUAUUUAAACUUUUGUGAUAUAAGUGGACGUCUCUCGAAUACUUGUCGGAUUGUUCGUUUUAUGUAAAUCCAUUGUUUUUGUUGCUAUGUUGUAUGUUAAUGCGCUGCUCGAAUUACUGUAACCAAUUUGUAUUCUGUUUGUGAAUUGAUGCUAGUCAAUACUCAAGUUGCCAUGUUGAAAAGCGUAUUUUAUAUAUUUUUUUAUUGUUGGAAUGUUAUUGACGCACGAUUAUUUUGAUGUUGGAAGUUAUGCAUAAAGAAUGGAAGUUUUGCUAACCU